AUGUUACUUUCAUGCCACAGCCGCACAAUUUCCAAGUUUUGCGUAACUUCUCGUCUUCGCGGGUGUUUCAGAGCUUCAACUUCCAAUCACCCAAGAAAAGAUUUGGCCAGAAAACCGAAUUGGUCUCUCAUUUCAGACAAUGGGAGUUUGAGUCUCCGAAAAUUGAGACCGAGGGGUUCGGAAGUAGUGCGUAAGUGUAAUGUGGAAAUUAUAAGCCUGGGUCGGCUGGGCAGAGUUAAUGAAGCGAGGAAGCUGUUUGACGAAAUGGCUCACCGGGACGAUGUUUCUUAUAACUCCAUGAUCACGGUUUACUUGAAGAACAAUGAUCUAUCUAGCGCUGAAUUGUUAUUUAAGGCAAUGCCAGAAAGAAACACUGUUGCUGAAUCCGCAAUGAUUGAUGGAUACGUUAAAGCUGGUCGUUUAGAUGAUGCUCGUGACGUGUUUGAUAGCAUGACUGAGAAAAAUGAGUUUUCUUGGACUAGUUUGAUUUCUGGAUAUUUUAAAAGUGGAAAAGUUGAGGAGGGCCGGCGUAUUUUUGAUCAAAUUCCGGUGAAAAAUGUGGUCUCAUGGACCACAACUGUUUUGGGUUAUGCUCGAAAUGGAUUUUUGAACGAAGCUCGGAAGUUCUUUGACCUCAUGCCUGAAAAGAAUAUUAUAGCUUGGACGGUUAUGAUCAAGUCAUAUCUUGAACAUGAUCAUUUCUUUGAAGCGGCUAAGCUCUUUCACGAAAUGCCCCAGAGAAACAUGUAUUCUUGGAACAUCAUGAUUUCAGGUUGUCUAAGUUCUAAUAGAGUCAAUGAAGCUAUUCAAUUGUUUGAUUCUAUGCCUCAAAGGAGUUCUAUUUCGUGGACAAUUAUGGUUUCAGGUUUGGCACGAAAUAAGAUGAUUGACAGUGCGAGGAAGUAUUUUGAUCAGAUGCCUAAUAAAGAUAUCGCUGCAUGGAAUGCUAUGAUUGCAGCGUAUCUUAUGAAAGGGCUCAUGGAUGAAGCUCAUGAGCUUUUCAUUUUGAUGCCUGAGAAGAAUAUUGUGACUUGGAACACCUUGAUUGACGGUUAUACAAGAACUUGCGACGAAGGAAGUGCCUUAAAGUACUUUGUUUUGAUGCUAAGAUCUGGUUUUAGACCCGAUAAAGCCACUAUGACAAGUGUAGUCAUCUCCUCUAAUGGCAUGCUGGAACUGAUGCAAGCUCAUGCACAAGUCAUACAUCUUGGUUUUGAACAAGACACCUCGCUCACUAAUGCUCUUAUUAAUAUGUAUUCCAAAAGUGGAGAUCUUCGUGCUGCUUGGCUUGCUUUUGAGCAAUUAAAGUUGAAAGAUGCAGUUUCAUGGACAUCAAUGAUAGUUGCCUACUCAAAUCACGGACAUGGUUACCAUGCGUUACAGGCUUUCGCUUGCAUGCUAAGAUCAGGAGCAACCCCAGAUGCAAUAACCUUUCUGGGUCUCUUAUCUGCCUGCAGUCAUACUGGCCUAGUGAACAAAGGCAGAAGAUUGUUUGAUUCAAUGCGGGACGCUUAUAACUUAAAAGCAAAGGCAGAGCACUAUGCAUGUCUUGUGGAUAUUGUAGGUAGAGCAGGACUAUUAAAUGAGGCAAUAGAUAUAGUAGUUAAAAUGCCUCCUUCUGAGAGGGAUGGAGUUGUACUUGGGGCAUUGCUUGGAGCUUGCAAGCUUCGUGGGGAUGCUAAAACGGCAAAUUCUAUCGGUGAGAAGCUACUGGAGCUAGACCCAUCUAGUUCAGGGGGCUAUGCACUGUUGGCUAACGCAUAUGCUGCAGAAGGUAAAUGGGAUGAGUUUGCUCAAGUGAAGAAAAAAAUGAGGGAGAGAAGUGUGAAAAGAAGGCCUGGAUACAGUCUAAUAGAAGUAAGAGGCAAGAAUCACGUGUUUGUUGUUGGGGAUAGAUCCCAUCCUCAGAUUGAGGAAAUUUACGGAUUGUUGCUGCAGAAUCUUCAGCCUUUGAUGAGGGAGAUGGUUUAUACACAAGAGAAUCCAUUGCUACUGGAAUAGUUUCCAAGUAUUGAAAGACUAACUGUAGCUUACACAUUUCUUAACACAAAAUCGGGUCCUUGGCAGCUGGAAUCCUGAUAAAAUAUAAGUUGAAGAAUUACUUUAUUGGUUACUGUAAAUCUAAGUGCCCUGUUCAUGCAUUGAUCGCAGCUGAUUGAGGCUGAUGCUCAACGUUAAAAACACUAUUGAGUAAACUCAAAGGAUGUAAAGAUUACAACAGUUAAUCGUUGAGGGGAUGUUGAACUUGGAAAAGUGAA